UUCACAAGGUCCCGAUCACUUCUUCUUUGUUCUUUUUAUGUUGACAUCUCUUAUCCGAUCACUGUCUGUUUUGGUUUAUUUCGAUUCGAUUGCUUGUUUUUCAGUUUUAGGGAUUUUGUAGUUUUGAAAGUCAUAUAUAUUAGCAAGGGAUAAUAUGGAUGGUGACAAUAAUAAUCAUGGAGCUCCUCAUCGUGUUUCUAUAGAACAGAAAAACAAGUGCGUAGAUUUCAUGAGGAAAGCAUAUGCGAUGGUAGAUGAUCCUUCGACGGAUUCGAUAAUCUCGUGGGGAUAUAACGGUGAUAGUUUCAUAGUCUGGCAUCCUCCUGAAUGCUACAGAGACCUUCUUCCUCGUCUCUUGGGUGUCCCAGACUUCUACAAAUUUCGACUAUAUGGGUUUAAAAAGGUAUUCUCGUCGGUACAUUUGGAAUAUGCAAGGGAUGAUUUUGUUAAAGGGCGACCUGAGCUUUUGGAAAAUAUUGGGCAAAGCUUCCUUGAAGAACGUGAGAAGAAGAUGAAGCCACUUAGAGAUGCGAUGAGAAAUUGCAAGAACAUGGAUGAGGAACGUUUAGUCACCAAGGAGUGGUUGGCGACACUGGAAAGGGAGAGAAGGGUCCAAGUUGAUAAAGAUUUUUUAAAGGAUGCUGAUCUUCUUGUGCUACGCAUCUCUAAGUAUAAGGAGAGAAGGGCCAAAUCUUUUGCCAGAUUUGGUGGAUUUUAUUAAACAAAACCUUUUUUAUUUAUUUCUCUCUACCAGAUGAGAGCGAAUUCAAAGGUCUUGUGGGUUUAUUUGUUUCAAGCUUUUAGCUAUAGGGGGAUGUGAUGAAACAAA